AUGAACCACGGUAGUGGGCCAAAUGACUCGGGCCAGCCCAGUUUCUCCAUUGCAAUUUGUUCCUUCUUCUUCCCCUUCUGUAACACUCCAUCGUCGUCGUCGUCGUCUCUAAAUGCGAAAAUCCGAACCCCUCUUCUUCUCCCUUCUCCUCCACCGCAAACCCUUCUCUUCCUCUUCCUCUUCUCUCCCAACCCAAAUCUUCACCAUCCUCUCACGUCCCCGCUGGCGAAAAGACCCUUCCCUCAAAACCCUAAUCCCCUCCCUAACCCCUUCCCUCCUCUGCUCCCUCUUCAACCUCAACCCCGACCCCCUCACCGCCCUCAACUUCUUCCGAUGGAUCCGCCGCCACCACAACUUCCCCCACUCCCUCGCCACCCACCACUCUCUCCUCCUCCUCCUCGUCCGUCACAGAACCCUCCGCGCCGCUGAGAAUGUCCGCAACUCCAUGAUCAAGUCCUGCACCUCCCCGCACGACGCCACCUUCCUCCUCAACCUCCUCCGCCGAAUGAACACCGCCGCCGCCGCCGCUGAUCACCAACACCAGCUCGCGUUCAAGCUCUCCCUCACUUCCUACAACAGGCUCCUCAUGUGCCUCUCGCGUUUCUCCAUGGUUGAUGAAAUGAUAAGCUUGUAUAAGGAGAUGUUAACUGAUAAUGGUAAUAGUGUUUUCCCUAACCUGAUAACGUUGAAUACCAUGUUGAAUUCUUAUUGCAAGCUGGGGAACAUGGCUGUGGCGAGGCUUUUCUUCGUUAGGAUACUGAGAUGUGAACCUGGUCCUGAUUUGUUUACGUACACUUCGUUGGUUUUGGGUUAUUGUAGAAACGAUGAUGUUGAGAGAGCUUGUGGAGUUUUUUGUGUUAUGCCGCGGAGGAAUGCGGUUUCGUAUACUAAUCUUAUACACGGGCUCUGUGAGGCUGGGAAGCUUCACGAGGCUCUUGAGUUCUGGGCGCGGAUGAGGGAGGAUGGUUGUUUCCCCACGGUCAGGACUUAUACCGUUCUUGUUUGCGCGUUGUGUGAGUCGGGGAGGGAGCUAGAGGCUUUGAGUCUCUUUGGGGAGAUGAGGGAAAGAGGCUGUGAGCCUAAUGUUUAUACUUAUACCGUGUUGAUUGAUUACUUGUGUAAGGAGGGUAGGAUGGACGAGGCGUUGAAGAUGUUGAAUGAGAUGGUGGAGAAAGGCGUGGCUCCUAGUGUUGUCCCGUUCAAUGCCUUGAUUGGUAGUUAUUGCAAACGGGGGAUGAUGGAGGAUGCCGUGGGGGUUUUGGGUUUGAUGGAGUCGAAGAAAGUUUGCCCGAAUGUGCGCACAUAUAAUGAGUUGAUUUGUGGGUUUUGUCGGGGUAAAAGUAUGGAUAGGGCAAUGGCGCUGCUAAAUAAAAUGGUUGAAAGUAAGCUCUCGCCUGAUGUUGUUACAUAUAACACAUUAAUCCAUGGGCUGUGUGAAGUGGGUGUAGUAGAUAGUGCUUCUCGCCUGUUUCGUUUGAUGAUUAGAGAUGGCUUCAGUCCAGAUCAGUGGACUUUUAAUGCUUUUAUGGUUUGCCUCUGCAGAAUGGGCAGAGUUGGAGAAGCUCAUCAGAUCUUGGAGUCCCUCAAGGAAAAACAUGUCAAAGCAAAUGAACAUGCAUAUACAGCCUUGAUUGAUGGAUACUGCAAAGCUGGGAAAAUUGAACAUGCUGCUUCAUUGUUCAAAAGGAUGCUUGCUGAGGAAUGUUUGCCCAACUCAAUCACAUUCAAUGUAAUGAUUGAUGGCUUACGCAAAGAGGGUAAAGUGCAAGAUGCAAUGUUGUUGGUGGAAGACAUGGCAAAGUUUGAUGUGAAGCCCACUCUUCAUACUUAUAAUAUUCUUGUUGAGGAAGUGUUGAAGGAAUAUGACUUUGACCGUGCUAAUGAGAUUCUCAACCGACUCAUUUCAUCUGGUUAUCAGCCUAAUGUGGUCACGUAUACUGCAUUUAUUAAGGCAUAUUGCAGCCAAGGAAGAUUAGAGGAGGCUGAAGAGAUGGUUAUCAAGAUUAAAAAUGAAGGCGUAUUGCUCGAUUCCUUUAUCUAUAAUUUAUUAAUUAAUGCAUAUGGAUGUAUGGGACUACUUGAUAGUGCAUUUGGUGUUCUCAGGCGCAUGUUUGGUACUGGUUGUGAGCCUUCUUAUCUAACAUACUCCAUCCUAAUGAAGCAUCUAGUGAUUGAAAAACAUAAGAAGGAAGGAAGCAAUCCCGUGGGGCUUGAUGUAAGUUUAACAAAUAUCUCUGUUGAUAAUACAGAUAUAUGGAGUAAAAUUGAUUUUGGAAUCACAACUGUGCUCUUUGAGAAAAUGGCAGAAUGUGGCUGUGUGCCUAAUCUUAACACUUACAGCAAGCUUAUUAAUGGACUUUGCAAAGUGGGACGCUUGAAUGUAGCCUUCAGUUUGUACCAUCAUAUGAGGGAAGGGGGAAUCUCUCCCUCUGAAAUUAUUCAUAAUUCUCUUCUAAGUAGUUGUUGCAAGUUGGGAAUGUUUGGGGAAGCAGUGACAUUGUUAGAUUCUAUGAUGGAGUGUAGUCAUUUAGCACAUCUAGAAUCCUAUAAGCUUCUUAUUUGUGGUCUGUUUGAACAAAUGAACAAAGAGAAGGCUGAAGCUGUUUUUUGUAGUUUACUACGAUGUGGGUAUAAUUAUGAUGAAGUGGCUUGGAAAGUUCUGAUUGAUGGCUUAGCUAAGACUGGAUAUGUUGAUCAAUGCUCAGAAUUGCUGAAUCUAAUGGAGAAGAAUGGCUGUCGUUUACAUCCUGAGACAUACUCUAUGUUAAUGCAGGAACUGAAUAGAGCUUAACAAAAUUGAUAGGUUAUUUUGCCCUGGAAUGGAAUUGGUGGAAAGGGGCUUCCCAUUGAUAUAUUUUUUUACUCUGUAUAAGGUUGUACAAAUAGAAUGCCUGAAAUUUUGUAAUACAUUCUGAAGAAACUCACUCUGUCUCAGCAAGUGAGCUGCAAACAGUUCUUUUCUUCAAAUGCGGUAACACUUCAUGGUCAGAGCCAAUGGUAAUUGUGACAGCCACACAGGUUGAGAACAAACGGCAGAAUAUUGAGAUUUGAGAGGCAAGUGACUACCUAUAUUAUUUCUUACAUUGCAUUCCUUUAUUCAUAUCACCUAAUGCCUCUAAUACAGAUACGUAAUUUAGUUUCACAGUUUAUCUCAGACAUUUUGGUUCA